UUCAAUUUUCGGCAAGCACAAAAAAAGCAAGAGAAAAGCCGUUUGUCUCUGUACCUGCGUGUGUGUGUGUGUGCGCGCGAGUGAGAGCGACGGUGCGAGAGUUCGCGUUUGUGUUUGUGUGCUUUUAUACGAAGGGACGCCGCUAAAAAGGCGCAGAAAGAACAAGGAUUUUCCUUAUUCGCUUGCUAAUUAAAUCUCGGCCAAAAGUCAGCUAUGGAGGAAGUGGCAGUUAAGAAGCGCGGCCGGCCCCCAAAGGCAGGAGGCGGCGGCGGCGGCGCAUCGACCCCGGCCGGUAGCGGCAAAAAACGCGGUCGUCCCGCAAAGAGCGCCAGCGGUGGCACUGGCCAGCGUGGUCGUCCACCCAAGGCGCCCAAGAGCCCCAAGAACUAUGACGAGGACGCUCAGGGCAGCGAGAAUGAGAAUGAUUCCGGCGAGGAGGUCGCCUCGCCAACGCCGGCAAAAGGCAGGGGCCGCCCUAGGAGCAGCGGAGCCGGAGCUUCUAGCAGUGAUGGCAACAAGACGCCGUCCUCCGCCAAGAAGCGCAAGGCCGGGCGUCCCAAGAAGCAUCAGCCCAGCGACAGUGAGGAAGAUGACAACGACGAUGACGACGAUGAUGAUGAAGAUGCUCUGCCGGUAGGCCGCCCAUCAACUGGAGCUGUUAACCUGAACAUAGGGCGCACUGGUCGUGGUCAGGGCAGACCGAAGAAGCAAGCGGUUGCCGAAUGGAACGGCGAAGGGGAUCCGCCACCCAAGAAGCGUGGACGUCCAUCAAGCAAAGGCGUCGCUGCCGCUCCCUAUGUGCCCACUGGUCGUCCACGUGGCCGCCCGAAGGUCAAUGCCAAUUCUGAUAAGGGCGAGGAUAAUGGCGAAGAUGCCGAUGAUGACGAUGGGUCGCAAGAAGAGCGGCACCAUAGCUCGCCGGAGAAGACCGCAGUGACUCCGAAGAAGCGUGGACGUCCCUCACUAAAUGCAAAAUCCGGCAGCGACGGAUCUGCCAAACGCGGUCGACCCGCUAAGGUGACGUCCAACGAUGAGGAUGAGGACUCCGCCGACCAAGCAGGGAGCAACAACAAGAAGGAGUCGCGCGGCGAUAAGGAAGGAUCCCCCAAAGCAGAUGGCCUCAAAUGGAAUUCCUCCGAAGGCGAUAACGAUGCCAACGAUUCCAUCGAAUAUGUUUCGGACGUCUAUCAGGAUGGUGAAUCGGGAGCCGCCUAAAAACUAAUUACACAUUUCCAAACAAAACUAUACAAAUCGAAAGAAGCGAAAGAAAAAAAAAUUUAAAGAAAAGCUAAGAAAACAUAAACCAUUUUCUACAAAUAAGAAGAACACACACCACACGAGAGACCACAAAAAAAUAUGAAAAUACAGGACAGAACCGGCCCCCCGAUUCCUGCGGACUCUGGUCUCCUUUCCCCCUUGCACUGAAUCCCGAAAGGGAUUCAUUUGUAAGGGCUGCCAACCGUUUUCUUUAACUUAUAAUUUCAAAUAAACUACACAUAUACAUA